AUGAACAUGAGAAUUGCCCUUCUUCUCCUGCCCUACCUGUUUCAGUUUGGCAUGGGAGCAUCUCUCCAGAUUCAUUUUGAAAGUCUGGGCAAGCCAGAAAUUGUCAAGGAGCCUCCAAAGGAGACAGAUGUUUUCACUGUCAUUGAGGCGGCUAACAAAGACAGUAAGAUGGUUAGAAUCGAGGGUGACAUUGCUGUGAAUAUUGGCCGUAGCGCCAUGAAAUGCGACCAGGACUCUUGCAGAUGGAAGAAGAACACAUCUGGAAAAGUCAACGUGCCAUACACCAUCUCGCCAGACUUCAGUGCAGAUGAAGUUGAUGUCAUCACCACCGCCAUGCAAGAUUUUGCGACUCUUACUUGCGUGCAAUUUAUUCCUCGCUCCUCGGAACCCGACUUCGUGCAGAUUAUUUCAGACUCUGGGUGUUGGUCUUAUGUUGGGAGGAUUGGAGGACGCCAGGACCUGUCGCUCGCAAAGACCGACUGUAUGAGAAGAGGAACAAUCCAGCACGAGCUGAAUCAUGCCCUGGGAUUCUUCCACGAACAAAGCAGAAGCGACCGCGACAACUACAUUGAUGUAAUAACAGAAAACAUCAUGCCAGGAUUUUAUGAAAACUUUAAUAAAUACGACACCAAUAAUUUGGGCUUGGAAUAUGAUUACGGCUCUGUUAUGCACUAUGGAAGGUCUGCCUUCUCUCUAAGACCUGGUCAAGCAGACACCAUCGUUCCAAAGCCAAACAAAACUGUGACCAUUGGCCAGAGAUACGGACUCAGCAACUUAGACAUCUCGAAGAUAAACAAGCUGUACCAGUGUGAUGUCUGCAGCACUCUACUGCCGGAUUCUACCGGAUCGCUUAUAUCUACUAACUACCCCAGCAAUUACCCCAAUAAUGCCAAAUGUUACUGGCUUAUCCGAACCCCAUCAGAUAAGGUGUUCCUGCAGUUUAGUGCUUUCGAUGUUCAGAGGUCCGCCGACUGCACCUCCGACUACUUUAAAGUCUACGACGGAGCCAACACCUCGUCGCCAGUCCUGCUCGAUAGAGCCUGUGGAGCGGGGCAGGUCCCUUCUCUGGUGUCUUCUGCAAGCAUGAUGCUGCUUGAAUUUGUCAGCGAUCGUCAGACAACAGCAACUGGUUUCAAGGCUACCUACAGCACGGUCAACUGUGGAUCCACGCUGACAAGCUCGUCCGGUGUUUUCUCCAGUCCGAAUUACCCCUUAAAUUAUAAAAUUUUCUCAGAAUGCACGUGGGUUAUCUUGGCCCCGGUGGGAUUUAAGGUGUCAUUAACUAUGACUGACUUCAACGUGGAAAGACAACGGACAUGCUCUUACGAUUAUGUGCUUGUGUUUGAUGGACCCAAGCCAACAUCCCCCCAGAAGGGCAAAUACUGUGGACAGGUCAACGUCCCCCCCAUCGAAUCUUCCGGAAAUUCACUGCUAGUUCAGUUCCACAGCGAUGGAUCGGUGGUAGCCAAAGGCUUCUUAGCCAACUAUGCCUUUAUACCGCUGUAA